AAUUUGUAUCAUGUUAUAUUCACAUGGAACCAGAAUCUGGUUCAGGCUUGAAUUCUGGUUCAACCUCAAUCGUUAACUAUCAACACAAUUAAAGCUUAAUCAUUGAUUGAUUUUCUGUUAAUCUGAUUUAAUUUACUUUCUCCAGUGAUGAUAAUUAAUUUUUCUUUUUCACUUUCAUCUUGUUUAACUGUUUCAUGUGCUUCUUCAUUGGUUAAUCAUCAUCAAAGUGAUUAACUGAUUUUUAAUUGUUGUGCUUUGAUAGUAAAUCAGUUUCAUAUGAAAACAAUUCAAUUGUAACUUAAUCAACAUUAUUAACAUUUGAUUUGGUUCCAAAUAAUUGGUAUUAAUAAAUUCACCAUCAUCAUCAGGAUCAUCUGAUAUUUUUUGUUAUUAACUAACAAUCAACAAUCAAUAUCUAAUCAAAAAUUAACACUGAAAACAAUUUGAACGUAACAAUCAAAGCUGAACAAUUUUAUCAUAAUAAUCAAUUGAAAUUAAAAACUAAAUCAAAUUCUAAUUGUUGGGAAACCAUUUUAAUAAUAAACAUAAUUGAUUAACCAUCAAUACGAUUAACUUUUUUUAAUCAAUAUGAACAGUUAAUUGUUCGGGAAUCUCUGUUUUUUAAUUGGUGAAGCUUAAUUAUAAUUACUCCUCUUAUCAGGAAGGUUAGUUAGUCACAAUCAUAAUUGUAGUGUAGAUAAACAAUCAUUAGUUAAACAAUUAGAUUUGUAAUGAACUUAAAUAAGUUAAUUCAUUAAACAUCAUUGAUCUAAUAUUAUUUAUACUCGAACCAGGAUUAAGUUAACAACAAUUAAGUUAAUUGCAACUCUAAUCAGUCAUGAUUGGACCUAUUUUUAUAUUGUUAAGUUUGAUUAGUUUGACAAUUGGUCAGGAAUCAAGUUGUCCAGUCAAAGAGGCUCAAUUCCCAUGCGAUGCCGGAACCGACACUUGUAUGAGACGGAAACAUGGUCCAAAUGAAUACACUUGUGUUUGUGACUCAAACUAUUGUGAUGAUUUAGGUCAACUUCCGGAUCCGUCGGAAGGUUUGAUUACAGUUUACGAAUCAAACAAAGAUGGACUUCGAUUCCGUAAGAACUAUUAUAAAAACGGUAAAUCAUCGAUAACCGAAGUUCCCGUCAAGACCAAGAAAUCGUUGACAAUCAAAAUCCACCAAGAUAAACGGAAACAAUCAAUUUGGGGCUUUGGUGGGGCUUUUACCGAUUCCACUGGAAUUAAUCUGCUAACUCUCAAUGAAUCUCUUGCUCGCCAUGUAAUCGAUGAUUAUUUCAGUACCUCAGGUAUUGGUUAUUCUGUGGGUAGAGUACCGGUCGGUGGUACUGAUUUCUCAGAUCGACCUUACACUUAUGAUGAUGAUCAUAUCGACGAUUUUGAACUGACAAACUUUACCUUAGCUCCAGAUGAUUUUGAUUAUAAGAUACCUUAUAUCCACCAAGCUUUACAACUGAAUCCAUCAUUGAAACUCUUAGCUUCAGCCUGGUCACCACCAGCAUGGAUGAAGACAUCAAACAGUAUUAGUAAACGAGGUUGGCUUAAGGAUAAUCCCGGUGACCGUUAUCACAAAACUUGGGCCAAAUAUUAUGCCAAAUUUUUCACCGAGUAUAAGAAUAAUGGAAUUGAAUUCUGGGGAUUAACAACUGGAAAUGAACCAGUCUCAUCUUACCUUCAUUCGACCUUCAACGGACUCACAUUUAGUCCCAGUUCUCAGCGUGAUUUUAUCAAGAAAGAUUUAGCACCCAUUCUCGCCGAAGCAGGUUUUCCAUUGAAGGAGAAACUAAAUCUAUUAGUUUUCGACGACCAACUACCUGGAGCUCUUGUUUGGGUCGGUAAGAUACUCAACGAUAAGGAGGCCAAUUCUCUAGUCUCUGGUGUCGCCUUCCAUUGGUACGCUAACUUUGUGACACCAAAAUCAAUUCUCAAUCUACUAAAUCGAUGGUACCCUGGACAAUUAUGGAUCUCAUCUGAAGCCUGUGAAGGUUAUCGACUAUUUCUAGAUCCAGUAAAAGUAUCUCUUGGUGAUUGGGGUAGAGCUGAAAAUUACGCUUCCGAUAUAAUUAGUGAUCUUGGUCAUGGUGCUCAUGGUUGGAUCGAUUGGAAUAUGGCCUUAGAUUUAACGGGUGGACCUAAUUGGGCUGAUAAUCGAGUCGAUUCACCGAUCAUAGUGAAUACAACCGCGAAUGAGUAUCUUCGUCAACCUUUGUACUAUUCAUUGGCCCAUUUGGCCAAAUUUUUAGUCCCCGAAUCUACAAGACUGGAAACUGAUGGUUCUCAUGGGUCAGUUGAAUACGUUGUUUUCAAAAGACCGGACAACAACAUUGCAGUGGUCAUUUUGAACAAGAACAAGUAUCCAAUUAAUGUAACCAUUAAGGGUGGAUUCAGUGAGGAUAUUACCUGGCAAGUAACCGCCAAAUCAGUGACCACAAUUUACGGUAAAUCAAUCUAAUCAUCUCGAACUUGUGAUUACAAGAACAAUCAAAAAAUAUUCUUAUUUCAUCUCUAAUAAGAUUAAAGUGAACAUUAUGAACAUUAA